AUGGAGACGACCGGCUUCACAGAAAACCAGCUCACGGUCCGAGAGGCGGUAGGCGCCGUGUGCGCCCAGUUCCCAAACACGUACUGGCAGGAAAAGGACCAGCGGGAGGAGGACCCGGCCGAGUUCCACGCGGCGCUCGCGAGGGACGGCUGGCUGGGCAUCGCGCUGCCAGAGGGGCUGGGCGGGGCCGGGCUGGGGAUCUCGGAGGCGACCAUGAUGAUGCAGACCAUCACCGAGAGCGGGGCCGGCAUGGCGGGCGCGCAGGCAAUCCACGCCAACGUGUACGCGACGCAGCCGCUCGCGCGGUUCGGCACGCAGGCGCAGCUCGAGAGCGUCAUCCCGCACAUCGUGUCGGGCAGGUGGCGGACGUGCUUCGGCGUCACGGAGCCCAACUCGGGCCUCGACACGCUGCGCCUGGGCACGGCGGCGAGGCGGCAGCCGGAUGGGUCGUACCGCGUCACGGGGCAGAAGAUCUGGAUCACCUGCGCCCAGGUCGCGCGCAAGAUGAUGCUCCUCGCCAGGACGACGGCGCUGGGCGAGGUGAGCAAGCCGAGUGAGGGGCUGUCCAUGUUCUGCAUCGACCUCGACCGUGAGCAGCCCGGGUUGGACAUCAGGAAGAUUAAGAAGAUGGGCGGCCGGGCUGUCGACGCCAACGAGGUGUACUUUGAUAACUAUGCCAUCCCGCCGGAGUCGCUCAUCGGUGAGGAGGGGAAAGGCUUCAAGAUGAUCCUGCACGGGAUGAACGCCGAGCGCUGCCUGCUUGCCGGUGAAGCACUGGGGCUUGGCUACGCAGCCUUGACUAGAGCUGCCGAGUACGCCAAAGACAGGACGGUCUUCCAGCGCCCGAUAGGGAUGAACCAGGGUAUCUCUCACCCACUGGCAGAUGCCUUCAUGAAGCUAGAGGGCGCCAAGUUGGCAACGUACCACGCGGCGAGGCUCUUCGAUGCCAGCAGGAACGACACUUCAAUACGGCCAGACCAGAUUGGGGUUGCCUGCAACAGUGCCAAAUACAUGGCUGCUGAGGCGGCGUUCACGGCUUGUGAGAGAGCCAUCCUGACACACGGAGGCAUGGGGUACGCCGCAGAGUAUGAUGUUGAGAGGUGGUUCCGCGAGUGUCUGGUCCCGAGGAUUGCUCCCGUGAGCCGGGAGAUGAUUCUGAAUUACAUCAGCGAGAAGGUUCUCCAGCUACCUAGAAGCUAUUAG